UGGGUGUGACAGGAUAUCACUCAAUGCCUCAUCAGAAAUGUCACUGUGUCACUGUGUUUCUACACAGAAGCAGCUGGGAGAGACACAGACAGAAAUACAACAGAGAAUCCAGGAGAGACUGAAAGAAGUGAAGGAGCUCAAACAGGCUGUGGAGUCACUGAAAAGAUCUGCAUGCAUAGAAAUAAAGGAAAGUGAGAAGAUCUUUACUGAGCUGAUCCGAUCCAUUGAGAAGAUCCACACUGAGGUUAUUGAGCUGAUUGGAGCUAACGAGAAGGCUGCAGUGAAUCAGGCUGAAGGACGCAUGAAGAAACUGGAGCAGGAGAUUGCUGAGCUAAGGAGGAGAAAUGCUGAGCUGAAACAGCUUUCAGAGACAGAGGAUCACAUCCAUUUUCUACAGAAUUUCCAGUCUCUCUGUGCCCCUCCUGAAGCUGGAGACUUACCCAGCGUUACUGUCAAUACAGACAUCUCUUUUGGGGCUGUGAGGAAAGCUGUAUCUGAACUUAAAGACCAUAUUGAGGACUUCUGCAAGGGGGGAUUAUUCAAAAUAACCACAACAGUGAAUGAAGUUGCAGUUUACAGUCUGCAGGCUCCAGAGCCAAGGAACAGAGCUGAGUUUUUAAAAUAUUCCUGUCAGCUCACACUGGACCCCAACACAGCGCAUAGAAACCUCUGUCUGUCUGAAGGGAACAGAAAGGUGACAUGGAGGAGAGAGACCCAGCGAUGUGCUGCUGAUCACCCAGAGAGAUUUGAUUGCUGGGCCCAAGUGCUUUGCAGAGUGGGUUUGUCUGGGACUCGCUGUUACUGGGAGAUUGAGUGGAGUGGGGGAGGGGCUUCUAUAGGAGUCACAUAUAAAGGAAUCUGCAGGAAAGGAGAGGAUGAUUCCUGUGGUCUUGGAUACAAUGACAAGUCCUGGAGUUUGUUCUGCUCUGAUUUCAGUUACACUACCUGGCACAAUAACAAUAAAACUGCAAUAACUGCCCCCAUCUCCCCCAGAAUAGGAGUGUAUCUGGACUUUAAUGCCGGCACUCUGUCCUUUUAUGGCGUCUCUGACACAAUGACCCUCCUGCACAGAUUCCAAACCACAUUCACUGAGCCGCUCUAUCCUGGGUUUAGGCUUGAUUAUUAUGAUUCCCCUGUAACAAUCUGCCAGCUGAACUAGACUGUCUUGUGUUGUAAGAAACCCUUUGUAUUGAACUCCCUGUCUGUCCUCUCCACUCCUCGGCUGAAGGGAAUGUUCAAUCUGACACAACCUUGGAUGAAAGUUAGGGGGUAAAACGGCGCCCCCUGCAGAGUGAAACGAGGUGAAUUAUUUGUUUUUACACUUGGGGCCGAGGCAGACUCAUUUUUACUGUUUAAUCUGUCAGGGGAGUGUUUUUGUAAUUGUAAACACUCACAACUGGACAGCUGUUUCAGAAUCAAAUGUUCAACAUGUCCUGAGUAUUUAUUGAUUACAAACACAUACACAGCACCAAGUGGCAGACUUAGUUGGCAUCUCUGCACAGUGCUAGAAUUCCCACAGCAAGUACUGAGAAGUAUCUCUUAAGCUGAUUGUAGCUCACUAAAUAAUCCCACAAUGUGUUCCUAUAUUGCACUUCCAUUGGCUACAUAGG